GUCCGUUUGCUUGCCUCUUUUUCUGACCUCGUAACCCGGAAGAAAGGCGGUGGUGACGACGACAUCGACAUUAUUGACUUCGACAUCGAGAACCCUGACUGGACCAAAACAAGCAAGCGGAGGCCAGCCGCUCGACGUCGCAUUACACUAGUACAUCUAUCACUAAGGGGGGAAAAACAUCGUCAUCGGUGGUUUAUUUUUUGAAUACUUCCGUCGACCACUCAGACCAACGGCUUCAUUCUCCACCUAUCCUCACAGCCGACAACGCUCGCUCUUAACGUCUCCUCUUUCGUCGGACCAUCGUCUUACAGCAGCCAACACACGGACACUGGACACCACGCUGACCCGUCCACCAGCGAAAGAGAAGAUCGCAAACGCCGAUCUAGUCAGCGGUUGAGACGCGCGCGCCCCCUCAUCUCAAAGGACCAGUUCAGUCUAGCACAGGAAUCAAGGCCCGACAACCAUGGCAGUCCUGGAUCAGUUCAAAAAUUUCAUUCGCCAUGGGAAGGCGGCGCGAGAGGGGAGUGAGGCAACUGGUGGUAUGACAGGAGCAUCUCGAGGUCAAGGUGGCGGUCAUGAUCGAGCAACAGACACAAGUGGUGGCUACCACCUGGAGAAGGGCGCACCAGCGUCGGCACAAGUCACAACCGAGCCUUCCAACGGCCAACACUACGGCACUGGGUCGGGAGCAAAGACAGCAGCCAGCAGCGCAGCGGCCGCAGCGACGGGAGCGGCGGCGUCAAAUCAGUCGUCGGCACCGAUGGCCACGACACCUGGCAGCGAGUCGGCCAGCCGAUAUCAGCAGCAAGCAGAGGACAUCGUCGAGGAGGAGAGACAAGCCUCCGAAAAGCUGCCGCAAUACCCCGGUCUCUCGGAGCGAUUCCAGCUGAUCACCAAAAUGGGCGACGGCGCAUUCUCAAACGUAUACAAAGCAAGAGAACGCAAGACGGGACAGAAGGUGGCAAUCAAGGUCGUACGCAAGUACGAGCUUAACAGCAACCAGGAGAACCGUCUUGACCCCAACUUCAGGAAGAAGAACCGAGUUACGGAGAGAGCAAACAUUCUCAAGGAAGUGCAGAUCAUGAGGAACCUCAAGCACGACUCGAUUGUCCAACUACUCGAAUUCUCGGAAUCGCGCGAUUAUUACUACCUCGUCCUCGAGCUGCUCGAGGGCGGCGAGCUGUUCCACCAAAUUGUCAAGUUGACGUACUUCAGCGAAGCCUUGGCGAGGCAUGUUAUCCUCCAGGUCGCCCAUGGCAUUCGCUACCUUCACGAAGAGAGUGGUGUCGUCCACCGAGACAUUAAGCCGGAAAACCUCUUGUUCGAGUCGAUCAAGAUCAUUCCGUCCAAGAUCAACAAGGCGCGGCCAUACGAUGAGGAGAAGGAGGAUGAGGGCGAAUACAUGCCCGGGAUCGGUGGAGGAGGAAUCGGAAAGGUCAAAAUUGCCGACUUUGGUCUCAGCAAGGUCAUCUGGGAGGAGUCCACGAUGACGCCUUGCGGCACAGUUGGCUACACAGCGCCAGAGAUUGUCAAAGACGAGCGCUAUUCUAAGUCGGUCGACAUGUGGGCCUUGGGCUGCGUCCUCUACACACUCCUCUGCGGCUUCCCUCCGUUCUACGACGAAAGCAUCUCAGUCCUCACGGAGAAAGUGGCCAAGGGAUACUACACCUUCCUUAGCCCAUGGUGGGAUGACAUUUCAUCUUCCGCCAAGGACCUCAUUACGCACCUCCUCUGUGUCGACUCGUCGAAGCGAUACAGCAUCGACGAAUUCUUGGCACAUCCUUGGUGCAACGUCAAGGAUCCCGUCCCCGAUCUCAACUCAGCCGACAUUGCCUUGGCAAAGGCAAGCGAGAUGCCGUUGGACUCGCCGUUACUGCAGUCGAUGAAGAAGGGCGUCAACGCGCGCGCAGCCAUGAUGUCGCCCGGUAUCAACCAGCUCAAGGAGGCCUUCGAUGUCACCUACGCCGUGCACCGAAUGGAGGAGGAAGGCGCGAGAAGAAGGGGUCCAGCAGGACAGGCGCCGCUGCAUGGCCUCAACGAGGAGGAGGAAGACGAGGACGCCGAUGUGGAAGAGACGGCGAGAAAACACGGCAGCCAAGCCGCGAAUGCGAUCGAGCAGCACCGCGAAGCAAAGCGGGAAGCUGGCCCACCCAGCACGGUCAGGCAAGGCGGAGCCGGCGCCCACGUCUCAUCUGGUACUCGAACAGCGCAGCAACCGCAGCAGCCGCAACAGUACCAAGGACGAGGUGGCGCGGAUCGGACGAGGGAUCGAGGCGGAUCCAAGAACAAGCGGGGCUUCGAACUCAACAUGGGCAAUGCUACACUACUGGGCCGGCGAAAUAAAGCAAACACUCCCUUGGGCUCGGCGCCGUCUGGCAGCAUCGGACAAUUUAUGGACGCUCACGGUCAGCCGCCCGUCGACGGUGCGAGUGCACAUGGUGUCGUGCCUGGAAGCCCUAUGCGUGUCGACUAA